UUAAUUGUGACUGUCAAAAUAAGAAACGAAGAAAUGGCAUUGAGUUUAAUCGAAUUAUCCUGUUAAAGAUCAUGUUUUUGAUAAUUUUAUAGUGUAUGUAAAAUACAUUAAAAUGUUUUCUCUAACGGGACGCAGGCAUUUACAUAAGGUCCUCAAAACUUUGAGGUUAUCCUUUGCCGAUUUUAGCAAUUUACCCGAUAUAAAGAAGUUGAAUGCGGUGAGGACUGUCGAGAAGACGAUAGAUAACAAUACGAGUAUUUUUGUGGAGAGUCCCAUACAUGUUAAAAUUCAGCCCAUUGAUGUGAAUGAUUUAAAUGCUCAUAAUAAACUUACUAUGACUCUGUACAGUCACGGCAAGGAUGCGAGCGAUUUCCAAGUUAAACAGACUUCCAAACGGCUAGAAUUGUUAAACAAGAACACCGCCUCAGAUAAAAACGACGUAUGUCUGAUUCAGGUACCUUACCAGCUAAAAGUUCAGGUUUCGACUUCCGAUAAUGCUUCUGUUCACCUUUCAAAAUUAGAAGGCGAUGAAUUUAUAGUUAAAACACAGAAAGGGGCUGUGAACGUGACAGAUAUCAAAGCGCAGAAUAUUAAAAUUGAAACUGUCGAAGGAGAAGUCACAACUGAAGGUAGAAUACAAGCAAGCAAUAUUGAACUCAAAACAGGCUUAAAUUCUGGCAUUAAGUGUCAUAAUGUUAUGGCUAAUUCCUUCAUUGUCAGCACACAUGCCGGACCCAUAGCUGUAAAGUCAUGUUACAGUGAUAAUUCACAUUUCACAACAUUGAUGGGUAACAUUCGUCUUGACCACUUACAUAGAUCUGUGUUGAUUGACAUCAUCCAGCGAGGGAACUUACACAUAACUGGAUUCUCGGGGAAUAUCCAGGCCAGCCUAAAAAGUGGUGAGGUCUACAUGCAUGCAUCACAGUUGAUGGAAAAAAGCAGUAUCUUCAUUCAUGAAAAAGGCAAAGUUGAACUUCUCAUUCCAGAUAUAAUAAAUAAUUUGCCAGCAACAAAUCUGAUAGCUGAAAAAAUUACUGUUGAUGAUAAAAUAUUGAAGCUUGGAAGAUUCAUGGAUGAUUCACAUCCAAAAAGGUUUCGAUUUGAAAAGGAACCACAUAAUGAGUUGCAUAUAGUGUGUAAGAAUGGCUCGAUUGAUUUGAAAGAAACAGAUCUCCCGUUUAUAGUGUGAUUGCUGCAAUUCUAAUAGUUUUUUUUUUUUUUGUAAAUAUUAUAUUGUAUUUUACUAUGUUAGUAAGACUUGAAUGUUAUUUAUUUUUUUAAUUAAAAAUAGUGUUUAUAAUUUUGUUUAAAUACAUCAAGUUUUAUUUGAAACUACACUGUAAUUCAAGUGUAAUCUAUAGAACAAGAAAUCCUAAGUGUUUAAGGAUUUUAUUCCAAGUAUUAAUUUAUUUUUACACAAUGACAUUUGGUGAAUCUACCUUUUUUAAAGGUCAUUGUUAUAGUGGUUUUGUUAAAUGAAUGCUGUAUUACUACUGUGUAGUAUUAUUUAUAUAUUUAGUUAGUUUACAUAGAGAUUGACAAUGGCAAGAGUGAGCGGUUGUAUCUUGAAAACAUAGUUUGUUAGUAACUCAGCUUUUUGGUAGAUUUCUUCCAUUGUAUGAUAAUCAACCCAGGGGUACUAAGGUCAGAAGAACUAGGAAACCAAUCUACGACUAAAUACUUCCAUGCCAAUAUGGCUUGUGGUAGGUGAGAAUCACGUUUUCAUGUCAACUGGUUUAACUAACUGCUUAACAAGUUACUAUGUAGGCCUUCAGUGCUUGCUCGUCUUAAUGGCGAGGUAUCCGGAAACGGAACCUGGAUAAAUUAGCGGUUGGCUAAAUCAAUAAAUACUUAGACCGUUUUUGGAACCUAAAAGACAUAACACAGAGAAUCAAAUACCCUUUGUAAAUUCAGAGUUUCCGAAUAAUUAAAAAGAUUAUAAAGAGAUCUUUUUAUGGAGAUAAUGUGAGACACCUAAUAACAGUAUAUGAGACAAUGACUAAUAAUUCCGAGCGGGUCCCAAGGUUCGUUUAUAUAAAAAAACUAUUAAAAAUGUAUUUAGCAGCGAAGUCUGUGCUGUUUGAACAAUUAUUAUUUCUGCCAUUUCAAUUCAGAUCGUAUGCGAAGUUUUUUUUUUUUUGCUUAGAUGGGUGGACGAGCGCAUAACACAUCUGGUCUUAAGUGGUUACUUGAGAUAAAAGUUCUAAGGUCUCAGUAUAGUUACAGUUGAAAAUAUGACCACCUCUGGCUCUAGGUUUGAUAUAUUAUCUAAGUAUAGUAAAUUUUAAAUUAUAGCAAUAUUAAAGUUUAAUUAUUAAUUUAUUUAAAUCAUUCUAGAACACAACUGUGUUCACUAACUAAUUAGAGUAGGUCUUGUUUAGGUAAUUAAAACAACUUUUAUGCCUCUUUCUUGCGUAAAAGUGGUAAUAAUUUAUACCUACCUUGUCCAGAAAUCGCGAACACCGAAGAAAAUACUUUAGUACUAAUUUGUCAAGGCGUCUGCGUAUUGUGUUGUCUAAAAAAUUGGUCAUAAGAGAGUGAAGUUAUUAAUAGAUAUUAAUAUAAUUACGUGUGCAAAAACAUAUUGAAUUGUUCUAUUAUUGAAUCGUUAUGGUAUCUUAUUAUAGAAUGUUACGACGUUGAAGAUGUGUAUGUGGUUUAUCACGUAGUCCAAUUGUGGAGAAAUAAAUUA